GAUAUGUGGUCGGUUAUCGCGACGCCGUCGCGGUUCGCGCAGGCACAGGUACGAAGUGCGCGCGUUUUCGAGGCGGUAUCACGAAAAGCGCAGGAGUGGCGUUUCUACGUAUCGUUCCGAUAUUAUUGUUAUAGUUCAUCAUUGAUGUACAGUGGGUAAUAGAAGGUUCGUAAAUCGGCAAAAAGAGAGGAAAGACGAGAAGAAAAGAAAGAGAUAGAGCGCGGUUCUAUCGCGCGGUGCAGUGUGAAGUGUUCGCGAAGGAGGCUUUUGCUUCUUCUUGUGUGUGCAUGUAUGUGCGUGUGCUACAGCAAAAGCACAUAAGAACGUAACUAGUGACAUACGGAAAAAGGAGAGAGAGAGAAAAAGACGAAUAAACACGGGUCGCCGGAUAAUCCUUGUGUAUGGUGUGCGGGUUUCGUGAAUGUGCGUCAAAUGACAGUGAGGUGAUCAAUGUGCUCGAAACAUGGCUGAGGAGCUAGUGGUCACCCUGAACCGCGGCGACUCGUCCGGAUUCGGGUUUUCACUCCUUGGUACCGCGGGUUUGCCGCACGUCAUCUACGACAUCGUUGAGAAUUCGCCGGCAGCAAAGAGCGGCAAGGUCGAGGCCGGCGACGUCAUACUCAGGGUGAACGAAGUCGAUGUCAACCGAUUUAGUACUAAAGAAGUGCUGAAAUGUCUGCGGCUCUCGUCGGAUCCCGUCACCCUGAAAUUGAGAAGGGAUCCUGCGAUAAAAGCUCAUGUACGUCGGCUAUUGUCACCUGGACAACCGGUAUGUGACGAAACGGAUUCGUCAAAGAUAUCUCUCGAGGCAACAACACCCGCGAAUAAUCCUAGAACAGUGUCGUCCGGCAACGGAGAGGGUACGGAACUAAGGAAACCUGGAACACCAGAACUUCCGGGAGGUUCGCCACAGGAACCAACUGGGGCGACACAAUAUGCGACCAGAAGCAAUGGAUCCUAUAGUGAUGCCUCUGGCUCUUCCGAGUUAGAGGCACUACUUCCACCAAUGGAUAGUUUCAAAGAAGAGGAACGCGCCCAAUGGGAGCCGCUUUCUGGCGACAAGUUUUCCAGACAGAAGAACACACCUAGGUUUGAAGCGUACAUGAUGACCGGUGACCUAAUGUUGAACCUGUCGCGCACCCAGCAAAGCAGCGGCCUGCUCCCGAAGCACCAGAAGAAAAUCGAUUCCCUGAGGUACAACAAUCAUCAUACCCACCAUCACCAUAAUCACCACAAUCACCACCAUCAUAACUCGGUACCCACCAGUCCUAACGAGAUGCUGGGCCAUCACCGUGCUUACAAGUGCACCGGUUCGAAUUCGGCCAGCACCUCACCGGUCGGAAUCAGCAAACGUGAAAGCGGCCAGUGUCCGGGCCAGAGCGAUAAUAGCAAACAAAAUACCGCGAGUUUUGGUUAUUCGAGCGGUUUCGUCCGCACCUCGCGCUCCGAGGACCACUUGCAAUUCCAAAAGGAUCCGUCGAUGAGCGCGGUGGAUAUUGACAUUGACGAUGACGUCACGUCCAGCCUAAACACCCUGUUGGACACGAGGCCUGACAGCGGCCAAGGUUUGUCCAGCGAGAGGAUCGUCUGGACGUACAACGCGCCGGUCAGCUCGCCAUCAGCCUCGGAGCGCACCUCUUGCUGCCAGAAUGGCAGCUCCUCGCAAUCCUCGUCGAGUAGCUCCUCGACCGAGGGAACUAGUCCCCAAAGAUCCUUAUCGCCAACUUCCCCUACCUCGGUCUCGUCCUCCGUCAUGUCCUCCAAUUCUGGAUCCCGUAGGUUCCCACCGCCGGUACCCACGGGCACCACACCGUCAGCCCUGGGACCCUCCGGCGACGGAACCGCAUCCUCGGCCUCCGGCCUUCAUCCCACCAACGGUGACCUCAGUCAGUCCGAGGCGAUCAGCAACAUGUCCAGUCCCGACUACAACGACGAAGAAACUAUGGACAUACUGAGUGCACGCGAUAUCAUGAUGGUCAGUGAUCCGAGUGACAGUGACUCAACGAUACUCGCCAGCGAACCACCUCAGAGGAGGCUGAAGGCAGCUGCUGCGGCCACCGUGCAACAAACGUCGAACGUUUACGCAUCGGCACAGGAGAAUACCGAGCAUAGGAUAGUGAUACAGGUGAAGGGGCCGGACAAGGACGUCGCGGUGGCGAGGAAUACGAGUCCAAGGCAGAACAGGAGACGGGGAAAUCUUGGUAAUCCGGAACUUGUAGCCACGUCCACCGCGCAGAACAUCGUGCAACGCCCGCCCGGCAAUAACACCACUGGGAAUGUUACGCCUGAAUUCGUUGGGUAUCAGGAGUUGAAAGAGAGCGAAGAUGAGAAUGAAGCUUUAAAUAUUGGAAAUUACGAAGAUAAGCAUGCGUCGCCACCACAAUCUGCAGAUGAAGAAAGCGAUAUCGAAAGUCUACACAGCUUCCAUUAUAGUCCAAAAGCAGUGGACCUGCCAUCAGCCGUUCGAUUAGCCAAAAGACUAUACUCCUUAGACGGCUUCAAAAAAUCUGACGUCUCUAGACAUCUUAGCAAAAACAACGAUUUUAGUAGAGCGGUAGCCGAAGAAUAUUUGAGAUACUUCAACUUCGAUCGAGACACGCUGGACGUGGCUCUUAGAAAGUUCCUUGCCCAGUUCUCUUUGACCGGGGAGACCCAGGAAAGGGAGAGGGUUCUUGUACAUUUCUCCAAGAGAUUUCUCGAUUGUAAUCCGGGCGCUUUCAAUUCUCAGGAUGCUGUUCAUACUUUAACUUGUGCUAUAAUGCUGCUCAAUACCGAUCUCCAUGGUCAAAAUAUUGGUAGAAAGAUGUCGUGUAACGAAUUUAUCGAAAACCUCUCGGAACUGAACGAUGGCGAUAACUUCCCUAGAGAGGUGCUAAAACAGCUCUAUAAUGCUAUUAAAUCGUUCCCCUUGGAAUGGGCCUUAGAUGAGGAAGGGGAUGAAACUGCGAAUCAGGCAAUCCAACAGGGUGACGGUCCAGCAAUAUCGGGUACCGGAAAUCCAUUUCUUGAUGUGCCAAAUGUUACAGGUGCUACGGAGUUCAAAAAGGGAUAUGUUAUGCGGAAAUGUUGCUUCGAUUCCAAUGGAAAGAAAACACCAUUUGGGAAACGUGGUUGGAAGAUGUAUUAUUGUACAUUGAGGGAACUUGUAUUAUACUUGCAUAAAGACGAACAUGGCUUCCGUAAUGAUAGUUUGCAUAACGCGAUACGCAUUCAUCAUGCGUUAGCUACUAAAGCAUCUGACUAUACGAAGAAGGAACAUGUGUUUAGGUUACAGACUGCUGAUCAAGCAGAGUAUCUUUUCCAAACAAGUGAUUCCAAAGAAUUGCAAUCGUGGAUUGACACGAUUAAUUUCGUGUGUGCCAGUUUUUCUUGUCAACCAUUAGCAGGCGCUGUUGGUUCACAGCGAAAGUUUCAACGACCUCUGCUUCCGUGCAGCCACACGAAAUUAUCUCCUAGAGAACAAUUACGGGACCAUGAGGAGAGAGUGAGCAAAUUGGAAGCUGAAUUGGAAGAGCACAGACGACAUCCGCCUGAGAGAGGAGCUAAAGCUCUUACUGUACAGAAUUAUAAGGAAAAAGAUGCUUAUUUACAUCAUGAGCUUAAGAGGUAUAAAACAUAUGCAUACCUAUUACGAUCCAGAUUGGCUUUUACGGAAGUGGAACCAUCGUUAGUUGAGAGCAGUAUUGGCGAGGUAGAUGAGGGAAGCGGAACUUUGUUGAAUUCGGAUGUUGCAUUGGUACCACCACCUGUUCCUGAUCGACCAGCUAUAAAUAGGUACAGUUACAGGGCUGCCAUUUACAACCGUAAUCUGCUAAAUGGUCAGGACUACGGCGGGGACAUUGGUUGACGUGUGAUGGGUGUCUUUUCAGCAUGUGUGGUCUAAUCUGACCUGCAUAUGCAGGCAAUAGGAACAACUGAAAUUUAGAAAAGAAUAUUAAUGAAAAAAUAACGAUGUAUCCGACGCAUCACUUGUUAAGUACUGUACUUUAUCGUAUCAUGUACUCACCAUUCUCUUUUACUAUAUUUAAUCGUAAAUUUAUCAGCGACCAUUAAAAAAAAUACCGAUAGUGCUAGCAUUCGUAAGGUGCUCUAAUUACAGCAGCGAUUUUAAUUUUCUUUGUUAAACUACUUUUUUAUUAUUUAAUUCUUAAUAUUAUUAAUAUUAUUUUAAUAUUAUUUUACUUUUUUAAAUAAAAUAUUUGAAUUAAUUUAUCAUUACUCAAGUGCCAUAUUUAUCAAUUAUCAAUAGUUUGCAUAUAAUUGAGCAUAUAAAGCUGCUGUUCUAAGCGUUCAUUCGAUACCGUCAAAUUGGUGACUGGGUCAGGGUUCGCACCUAACUCAAUAAUAUAGUGUAAAUGGUUCACUAAUUAUACCCGAGUAGAUUGUAAACGCGUUGACAAAAAUUUGGCAAGGCCCGAUUCAAAAUUCGUGCCUUGACUGAAGAUAAGACCAGUUAUGUAUAGAACAAUAUUUCAACGAAUAUAAAGGAUAGAAACAAACAUAUGGUGUUCGAAUGUUGAAUGAUAUCAUUUACUAUAUCGUAAAGAAAAAAAUAGACAUAUUGUGACCAUUAAUUUCAAAUUAAGUAUCUAUUGUAUAAAAGACAAUGAGCAUAUAAUAAUUUUUAAAUGUAUUGUAAAAUUUGAUCAAAUUUUUCUGUAUUAAUAAUAUAUAUUGUAUAGAAAUGACUUUAAAACGAAAUUGUAAAAUCAUCUCACCGAAAUAAAUAAAUUGUACGAUACUUUGUUGCUAUACUAAACUGUGUCUGUCUUCGUAUAAAAAAAAAGAAAAAUAUCUUACAUAAGCAUCUUCUCAUGCUUUCCGCUUUCAGUUCGCUGCUAACCAUUUUAUAAUAAAUAUUUAACUAUUUAGUUAUAUCGGGUAUUUAGUGGUAAUUGGUAAUGCAAAGUAAUAUAUCCGCUUUUUUUGCAGUAUUGAAAAAGUUUCAAAACUGUUAUUUGAAUGCAUUUCCUUUUUUUUUCUCUCUUAUAUUUUUUUUUUUUUUGAUUUUGUGUGGUUAUUCUAGAAUAGAAUGUAACAACAGACUGUUAUCGAUAU